GAGAGAGAGAGAGAGAGAAGAGGGAGUGCAAGAAACGGAGAGAGAGAGAGAGAGAGGGAAAAGUUAGCUGAGCACAGAGCUCACACAAAUCAUUUUGUCACCAGCAGGCUCUGACAAGCACCAGGAGAGAGGAAGCUCAAAGAGAGAAAGGGAAGCGAGAGAGAGAGAGAGAGAGGGAGAGAGAGAGAGAGAGAGGGAGGGAGUUAAAUAGAGGGAGAGUGUGAAAAGGGAGUCGUGUCAGAGGAGAUACCGGGAGGAAAGGUGUGAAGGAACCACACAGGGGCAUAAAGGAGGAGAUACCGGUGGAUGGGGAGAGGGAGGAGAGGACAGAGACGAGACUGAAAUCGAAUCCCCGAGGCAAUGUGAGCCGAGAGAGACUGUGACUCCUGCUGUUGUUGCUGCUGCUGCUGUCGUCUGCUGCUGCGGGUUCUGCUCGGUACACUCGAUUUACCAAAUGGUGCGUUAAACUUCUUCACUUCUGUAACUGGAGGAGAGUGUUUCAGUGACCGAGGGAGGGUUCUACUGUGUGUGUGUGUGUGUGUUUCUGAUAGCAUCCCUGUUUGAACUGUUUUCCCCCUCCGGCUCUGUCUGGCACAGAGUUGAGCGUUGCUGUAUUAUCCUCUGUGAGAAUGAAGACAUAGUUCCAUACAGAUAGCUGCUUUGUGUGAAAAGUAGGCAUUAGUGCAGGGUGUUGAAAGCCGUUUCUGGUGAACUGCUCCUUUUCGCCGAUCACAUGCUGUUGUUGCUAAAAGAAAAAAAAAAAAAAAAAAAAAGAGGUAGUCACUGCAGAGAAGCAUAAAUGUUUUUUCCAGUGUUUGUCGUGAACAGCCUUAGACGUCUCACUCACAGGUUUGACCGCUCUUGCUUGCGCGUAUGACUCUUACAAAAUAAGCGAAGGCAAGCGAGCAUCACAAAUACUGUACUUUCUCCCUCUGCACCUCAGCUAUCUGAUUCACUCUGGGCUGACUCAAGUCCCCCGAGAGAUUUAUCUGGCCUGUAAAGGAAGCCAGAGGUCAUCUUAACAAACUUCAGACACAAAGAUACAAGAAGGCCAGUUUUUUUUUUUUUCCACUUUGAACACUGGACACGUCCUUGUUCAUUUCUCUCCCUUGAAAACCUUUCCAGAGGACAAACUUGACAGCACAUGUGCAUACAAAUUGGAGACAGUGGUAAUCCCUAAGUGAUCUGAAAAGAGUCUCCGCGCGUCAAGACGGAGAGGAAGUCAGUUAAAAAGUGUGGGAGUCACGUAAUAAGUGACUUACUCGGGCUCUGCCAACAUCACAGUUCCCCUCACACUUGUUCCACCAGACUCUGAGGGCAUGUAAAGAGGAACUGCUUGGUGAGCUACAUAGCAGUGAACUGACACGUGGAUCUGUAUGUAUUCGCCUGGAGUGAGACACGAUUGAAUUCAUACUUCCUAGACAGGGGGGUUGAAGUCAUAUUGAAAGCAGAUUGGUCUCAGAGUGCUGCCAGCUCUGUGGGGAGGCCAGUUUGUGGUAAAUGGUUUUGGACCAUUAGCUGCCAUUGUUGUUGAGGGUGCUCUCUGUGUAGCUGUGUUUGCGUUUGACAGCUCUGUUCUGAGCUCGCUUCAGUGUCGAGCACGUCACUGUGUUACCUUGUGGCUGAGUCAGAGGCUGGCUCAUCACUCGAUGUCUGUCUGCCUGCUGGGAUUCUCCCCUCCUGCCUCUAUGCAAAGAAGGCAAAGCAGGCAGAAGUGGUAGGUGGUUUUACACAGCGACAGCAGCCUCUCACAGCGACUGAACCCCCAGGACUCUCCGCACUACUUUAGUUGUUCUGCUGCCGGUCAACACCUUGUGUCAGUGACGCCUCCCCUUCGAGGUUGGAGGCAGGCAGCAAGGGGAGAGGUGAGGGAAGGAGUCUAACACAGAGGUGAGCUGCAGCAGUCCGGUUGGCACCAUGAGGGUGGCGUGCUUGGCGCUGGUAGCCGUGUGCCUGGUGGGCAGCGUGAGCGGCAUGUCGACAUGUAAGACACUGGACCUGGAGCUGGUGAAGAAGAAGCGCAUCGAGGCCAUCAGGGGCCAGAUCCUAAGUAAGCUGCGCAUGGCCAAGGAGCCGGAGCCGGAGGAGGCUGGAGAGGAGGAGGACAUCCCCGUCGGGCUGCAGUCCCUCUACAACAGCACCGAGGAGAUGCUGAAGGAGCAGCAGGCCCAGCCAGAGCCCAUCUCCACACAGCAAGAGGAGGAGGAGUACUUUGCCAAGGAGCUGCACAAAUUCGACAUGAAGAAAAGAAAUGACAGCACCAAACAGAUGCACCGAAUGGCAUUCGACAUCGCCAAUAUCCGGCAGAGUGUGGGGAGCUACCACCUGCUUACCAGCGCUGAACUGCGCAUGCGGAUCAAAAAACCCACAAUGAUGUCAGAGCAGCGGGUGGAGCUGUAUGAGGGCUUGGGGCCCGAGGCCCGCUACCUCGCCUCCCGCUUCAUCACCAACAAGUGGAAUGACAAGUGGCUCUCCUUCGACGUGACUGAAACCCUGCAGAAGUGGCUCCAACAGACGGAGGACGAGCAGGGCUUUCAGCUCAAGCUGUUCUGUGAAUGCGGCCAGUCGACAGACGACAGCAGCUUCAGCUUCACCAUCUCUGGGAUUGAUUUAGUGAGAGGAGACAAACAGGCCCUGUCGGCGGUGAUGCAGGUACCAUACAUCCUGACCAUGUCUAUCCCUCAGAACAACAGCAACCAGCUCACCUCGCGCAAGAAACGCUCCACAGGAACAGAGGAAGUCUGCACAGAUAGCACAGAGAGCUGCUGUGUGCGAAAGUUGUACAUUGACUUCAGAAAAGAUCUGGGCUGGAAGUGGAUACACAGACCGAAGGGUUACCAUGCCAACUACUGCAUGGGGUCCUGCACCUACAUCUGGAGUGCUGAAAACAAGUAUUCUCAGAUCUUGGCCCUGUACAAGCACCACAACCCGGGAGCCUCGGCCCAGCCCUGCUGUGUUCCCCAGGCCCUGGAGCCGCUGCCAAUCCUCUACUAUGUGGGCAGGCAACACAAGGUGGAGCAGCUGUCCAAUAUGAUCGUGAAGUCCUGCAAGUGUAGCUAAAACUACAGCACGGUAUUCUCAGCUCUCUGGCUCUAUGACCCCCCCCCACCUACCCCAACUCCCCACUAUUGAUCACCCUCCUCCUCCUGGACCAAAAACAUACAUAUUCUGGACAUACUCAGACAUGGAAGAAGUCAUGCUUGAGACUGCAGAGAGACAGAAAGACAGGAAUGUAGGAGUUGAAAGGAGUACAAAUUAAAAAAAAAAAAAAAAAAAAAAAAGCAAAAAAAAAAAAAAAAACAUUAUUAUCUUCAUGCUCCAGCCUUGACAUCCCGUCCUUCUGCAACCCCCUGCAAUUAUCUGGCUUCCCAUGUUUGAAGCCCGCAAAAAAAUGGACUCCUUUUUUUUUUUUUUUUUUUUUUUUUUUUUUUACAGAUAUAUAGCUGUUAAUUUCUACGUGUACAUAUACUAUUUUUUCUAGUAAUAGCCAGAAGUAUCUGUCUUGAAAUGAAUUAAUUUAUUUGUUAGAGGGGCAGACCUGUAAACGUUUGUGUGGCUUAGACGUGGAUAAAGUAUGAAAGGAUGAAAAUUAUUUCUUGCAGAAAGACAAAAGAAAGGUGGAUAAAAAAAAAAAAAAAAAGAUGCCAAACGACAAGAGGACCAAACAGACUCUGACUGAAGGAUAGCUCUUUCACAGACACUUCUGCUUGCCACAUCACCUUCCGCGAAGAGGCUGUCCUCAGAGGUAUUUGAGAACUCCCAGGUCUGGGAAACGGUGUUAGGUGGGGUUUUCCGGGUAGACCAGGUGUUUCUGGAGGGAGCUCCGCCGUAAAGGACGGCCCACGGGGACAGUCCAGCCUGGGGAAACUCCCACCGUCUGAGAGGCGGCUGUUGCUGCCAGCGGAGCUACCAUAGCUAUAUAUUUCACCGCAACCGUCCAUCACUUUUACUUACUUACUUUUUUUUGGUUUGUUUUUACUCCAUGU